AUACACGGGCAAGCUACAUGUAUAUAGCUCGAGAUUUGCUUCCAGCCAUAUUGUAACCUCAUCCAAGACCUGAUCGUAUCAAGCCUCACCAUGUCCGCAAACAAGAAAGUCAUCCUCACCGAAAACGCUCCCCCGCCACUUCCUGGCGUCCUGAGCCAAGCAAUCGUCGCCAAUGGCACAGUCUACUGCUCUGGUUCAGUAGCCGUGGACCCAGCCACCGGCAAGCUUAUCGAAGGCUCUGUGGCAGACCGUACCCACCAGUGUAUCAAGAAUUUGACAGCAGUUUUGGAAGCCGCAGGGACGAAUAUCGAGAACGUGGUGAAAGUCAAUGUCUUCCUCGAUGACAUGGCGAACUUCUCCGCCAUGAAUGAGGUUUACAAGCAAUAUUGGGGCGAGAACAAGCCUUGCCGAACAUGUGUGGCAGCGAAACAGCUUCCACUGGGCACGGAUGUGGAGAUUGAAUGUAUUGCAGUGCUGCCAGGAAACUCGAAGCUAUAAAAAUGUCUGCCCAUAAAUGCCAUUCAUGCCGUAGACUCAAUAAAAGUGAAAAAUCAGUAUCGUCCAGACAUGAACACAUUUUCAUCCAGAUUUUCCCAUCGACGCCGCGCUAUGUUAACAAAACAAAACAGAAUCAGGAGUGAUAUGUGGUCGGUGGAGGAUGUUUCGCAGGGUCGUUGUAGUAUAUCAUCCCACUCGACAAAUGUCUGCUUUUGGAACGUUUGUGUAUAUGAGGCUUCCAAGACUUCGAGUUUGACUUUGACGGAGUAUUCCCAGAUGAAGAGGAGGGUCUGCCAGACGAGCUGCUUGGUCUAGAGCUCACUGGCGAGAUCUUGUCCUUGAUCUUGCGUAAGAUGCUAGGAGACUUUUCUUGA